AUGGUGAACCAAGAAAGUCUUAUGAGGCAAACGAUUGAGAAAGCCAAUGAACAACUGAAGAAACAAAGGAAGGAGAACAGGGAAAAGGAGAUGACAAGGGUGCUAUUCCAGAGUCUGACUGGAGGAGGAGAACAAACAAGUCCAAGUAGAACCAACAGGACUGCUAAUGGCUACAACAACAUAUUAUUGAAUGGAGAGGUAGGCUUUCGAAACUAA